AUGAAUCUUGGUAUUCUUGCCGCGGCCUUUGCAGCGACAAUCGGAAAAUACUCUGAUGUCGUGACUCGUGCUUUCGUAGCACACGAGGCCAAUUCCGAAGUUCCCGCUAUCCGAUCCUUCUUUUACGCUGGGGGCCAGUAUGUCGAUGAUGGCGCAGGCGGACAUAUUUUUCGGGGCCAAAUGUAUGUCGAGAAGUUGACCCCGGCAAAGGGUCCGUCCCAGGAUAUCCCAAUUGUCAUGAUUCAUGGCGUGGCACAGACAGGGACUAAUUUUCUGAAUAAGCCGGAUGGUGGUCGUGGUUGGGCAUCUCUAUUCCUCAGUCAAGGCUAUGAGCUCUACAUAGUUGACCAAACCUUUCGUGGUCGAUCUGCUUGGCUACCUACCCCUGGUGGCGAGAAACCAAUCAUUCUCUCUGCAGAAGCGAUCGAGGCAGCCUUUACCAACUCCCAAGAUCACAUGUUAUGGCCUCAGGCUGUCAACCAUAUUCAGUGGCCAGGUUCCGGUGUGAAAGGAGAUCCAAUAUUUGACGCCUUUUAUGCGUCCAAUGUGCAGUUUGUCGAUAAUUCUGUGACUCAACAAACAGCCAUGCAAGCAGCGGGAGCAAGUCUGUUAGACAAGAUUGGAAAACCAGCGAUCAUCCUUGGACAUAGUGAGGGUAGUUUCAUGCCAACCCUUAUCGCCGACAAACGGCCCAAUCUUACCAAAGCUAUUGUUCUUUUAGAAGCUGCAGGACCUCCGUUCAAAGAUGAAAUAUUCCACUUUGGAGGAGACAACCCUCGUCCGUGGGGGCUAUGGGAUGUCCCAAUCACAUAUGAUCCUCCGGUUACGGAUCCAAAAACCGAACUUAUCAAAAAGGUUCAUCCUCCCCGGGACAAUCUUUCUACAGAGUGCACUCUCCAAGCCGACGAUCCAAAACCGCGAAAGCUGGUUAACCUUGAAGAUAUUCCUAUUCUUAUUGUGAAUGGAGCUGCAUCUUAUCAUCAGCCAUAUGAGUACUGCACAGCUGCAUAUUAUCGCCAAGCUGGGUGCAAGGAACUUGAACAUAUCGAACUUGGGACUAUUGGUAUUCAUGGAAAUGGACAUAUGCUUUUCAUGGAGAAGAAUAGUGAUGAGAUACAAGCUGUUAUCCAUAAGUGGAUUGAUAAAUUUGAUAAAAUCUAA